UGAUUGGUUGUUAUGGGGUGUGGCAAAUCACAGAACUUGUGAGUGUGAGAGUUUUAUUUCAUGAAUGUUUUGAGGAUAAAGUCACUUCAGCUGAAUCUGAAAAAAAGCCAUCACCAUGGAAUUCUCUUUACUUCCUGCGCAACGGGAAAGUGAAGUAAUUGGACUGGUUCACAUGAAGCAUCAGGAGAAAAGCCUUUUGGAAAAGCUGCAUCGGAAAUACUCCCAGAAGCCAUGGAAUGAAACAAUUAAACUAACUAGACUGUGUUUGGACAAACCUGUUGGAAAUGCUUUGAAGAGUGUGCUGUAUCAUCCAGUGUUGCAAUGUCAGAACAUGCUACAAGAAGCAUUGCAAGCAAAAUCCCUGUCUGUAAUUUUGUCCCGUAUAGAAUGUAUAUCCAAACAAAAAGGGCUGGAAUCCCACCUUGGUCCUAAUGAAAGAAUUUGCUAUAUCACCUCAGAAAUGUUUUACAUAGAAGUGCAGGUUAAGAAAAAUGGGAAUGUAUCUUCUGUCAAACUAGCUCAUCAUGGAGAAACACCUAUGGUCUGUAAUGAGCUGCUCCAGUUCCUCAGGGCAAAGGAUUUUGAAUCUUUUGGUCAAAGUUUGGAAGGACUACUACGUUUAUACAACAUUCCAGGAAACAGUGAAAUAAAAGCUAAGGUAUAUGUUGCCUUGAGGUCCUUAGAAGCAGAUCUGAGUGGAAUAUUUAAUAUUUUCAGCUCUAAAAGUACCGACAAAAGGGAAUCUGCAAUUUUGCAUGGACAAGUGGGUUUUCUCUCCCCUAGAUGUGGAGGAACUCCAAUGGGUAUUGAAUAUUAUGUUUCGCCAUGUCAGCUUUUAGAAGAAAAGCUAAAGCCAGGAUCACUGGUGGUUGGAUUUAAAGCUUAUCUGAGUAUCAUGGGUACAAACAACUGGUUCCGGCUUCCAAGUUCUCCACUGUUUAGUGGUCUUCAGCAAGAUAGCAACAUCCCUUUGUUUUCUUUGCUUAAUGAUGAAUGCAGCAUGGAUUUACCUGCUUGCUUUUGCUUCAUGUUCACUGAUCCUCUACCAUUACUUCUACCUUUUGUUCAGAAAAUCCAGUGUAUUACAGGGCUUCCUGUUGCUGGAAUCAAGCAAGCUCCAUUUCAUGAACUAAUUAUUCACCUAGAAAAUAAUUGCUGCAAGACUGAUGGCGCCAGUACAGAUGCUCAGUUCAUAUUGAGUAUUCCAGAUUGCAGAGAUCACUGCUAUGCCAUCACCAGUGUAUCCGAUAAUGAACAAGCUCUUAUGGGUAUCUUGGUGGAUAAAAUACCCUUUACUCAUCCAAGCCAAGUUCCAGCAACAUUGGAAGUGCUUCGCCAUCAGGCUGCUUAUAGCACUCUUAUCAACAGCUGCAUCUCCAGUACCAGAAAAACAAUAGAAUAUACAGAUAUGACUCACUUUGAAAUCUCCUUGCAAAGAAACUGCAGAAUCUGCAUUUCAUUUCAACAUCCAAGUGGUGUCAGUCUUUCAUGUGUUGCUGUUGACGUCUUGAGCUCUAGACAAUUAAACUGUACACUAUACAAGGAUGCUGUGGACCCUUCAUUUCCCUGCAACAGCGAGUUUAUAACAAAAGUGUUGGAAAGUUGCAUGUCCAUACCCAUCACUAUGAGAGCUAUUCUAAAGCGGUCAAAGAAGUUGGGAGCUGUCUCCAAGGUGGAAACUUAUUCUGCAACUGAGAAGUCGGUGCAUCCUUUAACUACAGAGGGCUUUGAAAGAGAUGUUUCAAUGGCUUUGGACCACGACAUGGAGCAAAUAAACAGUCCUGAAAAUAAAGUUUUGGGGCAAAACAAACAUAAAACGGUAAAUGACAAUUUGGGUCAUAAAAUGGCCAUGCAAUCAGAUGAACAAAAUUCUACCUUUGCAAUAGAGCCUUACAGCUUUGCUGCUCGGUUUAGUACCAGUUUUGCCAAGGAGUCCAGUCCUAUAAUGGCAGAGGGCCCUGGGGCACUCAUGGCAGAAGUGCCUGAUCAGGUUAUGUUGGAUGGCCCCAGUUCUAUCAUAUUGGAAGUUCAAAGUCCUGUCUUGUCAGAGGAACCCAGCUCUAGUAUGACAGAACACAGUUCAAGCUUUACAGGUGACCUCAGUACAAGUAUUACAGAAGAACUCAACCUAAAUGUUUCCAGUUUCAUGGUUUCUUCAGUCAUUCCAGAGAAAAAAAUAGAAGACUCCUACUGAAUGUUGUAAAAUCUAUAUUUUCUUUGUUGUCUUUUCAUAAAUAUAAAUGGUAAAAUAAACCUGUGAAUAUAUUUUGUUUUGGUUA